UUAAGGCUGGGGAGUAACAUCAGUUACAAGAAAGGCAGAUGAAAUGAAGACAAAGUGUCACUGAUUUUUGUCCCUGUUCCUAGAAAGAAGAUUGCUGAUUUAGAGUCACCUUGGCUUGCUCAAGACCUUCCCGGCAUGACAACCUAGCUCCAAGGAAAUUAUGGAUCUGAUCAACUCUACUGAUGACCUGAUUGAUAUCUCCGAUGUAGUAAGAAACAGCACUCAUGUUCCUGCUCCUGCCCCCAGACUGGUCCUUGUCCUUCCAAUGUUCAUGGCAUUCAUAGUUGGUUCCAUCACUAAUGGCCUCUAUCUGUGGGUGCUAAAAUGCAAGAUGAAAAAUUCAGUCAAUACUCUCUUAUUUUUUCAUCUCAUUCUCUCCUAUUUUAUUUCAACAUUGAUUUUACCAUUUCUGGCCACCUCCUAUCUUCAGGACAACCACUGGACCUUUGGAAGCGCUUUAUGUAAGAUCUGCAACAGCACUUUGACUCUGGCGAUGUUCGCCUCUGUUUUGUUCCUCUCGGCCAUCAGUCUAGAUCGUUAUCUUCUCACCCUUCACCCAGUGUGGUCCCAAAAGCACCGAACCUCACACUGGGCUUCCAGAGUCGUUCUGGGAGUCUGGCUCUCUGCCACUGCCUUCAGCGUGCCCUAUUUGGUUUUCAGGGAGACAUAUGAUGACCGUAAAGGAAGAGUGACCUGCAGAAAUAACUACGCUGUGUCCACUGACUGGGAAAGCAAAGAGAUGCAAACAGUAAGACAAUGGAUUCAUGCCACCUGUUUCAUCAGCCGCUUCAUACUGGGCUUCCUUCUGCCUUUCUUAGUCAUUGGCUUUUGUUAUGAAAGAGUAGCCCGCAAGAUGAAAGAGAGGGGCCUCUUUAAAUCCAGCAAACCCUUCAAAGUCAUGAUGACUGCUGUUAUCUCUUUCUUUGGGUGCUGGAUGCCCUACCAUGUACAUCAGGGCUUAAUUCUCGCUAAGAACCAGUCGUUACUUGUAGAGUUGACUUUGAUCCUUACAGUGUUUACCACUUCUUUCAAUCCUGUCUUCUCUCCCAUACUUUAUCUAUUUAGUGGGGAGAACUUCAAAAACGUUUUCAAGAAAUCCAUUCUUGCUCUAUUUGAGUCAACAUUCGGUGAGGAUUCUUCUGCCGAAAGAACACAAAACCUACAUUCAGGAGUCGACAUUUAAAUUCUGAAUUCUUAAGCAAACCUAGACUGUCCAUUAUACCAUCAGAUACACAUCCUCUUGCUUUUGUAGUCCCUACAUUGCAGAGUCAUCGAUGUUGUACCAUACUUAGAUCUAUGAAUAUUGAAACAACUGCAAGAAAACAAGCAAUAGGUCAUAUCGCAAAUGUCAUUGUUUAACUUUUUUAUUACAAAAAAAAAGUUACAUAAAAUUUGCUAUUUCAGUAUAUAUUUCAGUGGAAUUUGUUAUUUUUAAUUUGUUAUAUUUAAUACUGAGCAACUAUCACCAUUAUCUAUUAUCUCUUUGGAAAUCCAAAGAGAAACUCUGUAUCCAUUAAGUAAUAAUUUCCCAUUUCCUCUCCCUCCAGUCCCUAGUAAACUCCCAUUUACUACUUUGUCUCUAAGAACUUGCCUAUUCUAAAUAUUCCAGAUAAGUGGAAGCAUACAAUGUCUUUUUGCAUCUUAUUUAUUUCAUUGAGCAUAAUGUUUUCAAGGUUCAUCCAUGUGGGGCAGGUGUGUGGCACAAUGGGUUAAGCCACCACUUGGGACAGCCAUAGCAUAUAAGGGUGCUUAGGAUUAAUUUCCACCUCCACUUCCAUCCAGCUUCCUGUUAAUGCUCCUGAGAGGCAACAGAUGAUGGGUCAGGACUUGAGGCUCUGACACCUACAUGAAAGACCCAGAUGGAGUUUCUGGCUCCUGACUUUGGCUUUGCCUAGCCCUAGCUGUUGUGAACACUUGGGGAGUACAUAGAAGAUUUCAAGUGUUCUCUCUCUCUCUCUCUCCCUAUUUUUCUCUCUUUUUCUCUCUCUCUCGUUCUGUUACUCUGCCUUUCAAGUAAGUAAAUAAGUAAUUUUUAGGGGCCAGAGUUAUAGUGCAAUGGGUUAAUACACCUCUUGCAACUUCGGCAUCCCAAAUCAUAGUGCCACUUUGAGUAUAGGCUGCCCUGCUCCCAAUCCUGCUUCCUGCUAAUGUGCCUGGGAAGGUAGCAGAAGAUGACCCAUGUACUUGGGCCUCUGCCACCCAUGUACAAGCUACCGAUGGAGUCCAGGCUCCUGGCUCCACCUUGGACCAACCUCAGGCAUGUGGCCAUUUGAGAAGUGAACCAGCCAAUGGAAAAUCAACAUCUCUUUCUCUCUCUCUCACUCUGUCUGUCAAAUAAAUUUUAAAAAUCCUUAAAAAUAAAGUCUUUUAAAAAGUUACUUUUAAAAAUUUUCAUCCCCUUUGUAAGAUGUAUCAGAACUUCACUCCUUUUUAUGGUUGAAUUAUAUUCCAUUGUAUGUAUAUACUACAUUUUAAAAAUUAAUUUAUCUGUUGAUGGAUACUUGAAUUUUUCUACCUUUUGACUAUUGUAAAUAAUGCUACUAUGAACAUUAAUUUUAGUUGUAUUGCAUUCUCACCAAUAGUUGCUGUUUUCCUUGUUUAAGUUGUCAUCCUACCAGAUUGGAAUGGUACAUAUGUAAUUUUUAAUCUUUGAUUUUUGAAGUUAGGAUAUCAAUUUCUAAAUGGCAAUGGUAUCAUGGAUUUUAAUUUUCUGUCACAGAAUCUUCUAUAAAACAGACAUUUGGGCAGAGCUCCCUCUGUACUUAACACCUAAAUUAUUUAACUGGAAUAGGCAAAACAACAUGGAAGCAACAAGGCACUCUUUUUGUCAUACACAUAUUAAAGAAUAAGCACAUUUGUGCUUUAAUGUUAUAACUAUAAAGACAUCUUAAGUGUCUCUUUUUAAUACUUACAAAUGAAGCUGUUUCUGAAAUGUUGGACCAAGAAAAUCAUAAUGUUUAAGAAUCUGCCUGUCAGAGCAUAUUUGAUUUUAUAAUAGCAAUAACAAUAUUAAUUUAUCUUGGUUUUCAAGUUUUGCUUCAAGUUUUUUGCAAUGUAUUAUAGUACCUAGAUUAUAUAUAGGACCACAAAGUAUCACUGACCCAUUACCUUUUUGAUUUAGUCAGUUUUAUCCAUCAAUCAACAGAUGUCAAUUGGGAUAUAAUCCUAUCUACCACAAAGCAACUAAGCUAAAUUGUUUCAUUAGUUCAAUUGCUGCAGCAUGGAAAUAUUUAGGUGACAUUCCACAUGCAGGCCCUAAAUGUGCCAGCUAACUUUCCACAAACCAUUUCAGAUCAAGACAUAUACCCUAACCAAAAACUCCCAUAAUAUAGUAUUAGGAACGUCUAGCCCAUGGACCUAAAUGGCCAACAAAAUCAUUUGGUCUAGACCUGCCAAGGCAACUGCAGGUAGUAUUAGAAGUUCAAUAAAUCAAUAGCAGACUAUUUUUAAGUUGAUAGUUUUGUAUGGCCUACCAAUGAUGUCAUAAAUUUCCAAAUGGCCCUUGGCAGAAAAAAGUUCCCCCCACUUCCCAAGAUAGAUGAUGUUGAUUAAAAGUUGCAGAAAGGAAAAGAGAUUAACCUUCAUCACUAAAUUUCUACUGAGAGAAAGAUACAGUGGCUUGGUGCCCUAGAAAUCCUGCUAAUUGACAUGGGCAACUAGAUGCUUGAUCUCUCUCAUUUUGAAUAUGACAAAAGUUUGGAUGAAUGCAAAGUUUAAUUGUUGACCCUCCCCUAGCAAGCUUUUUGAGCCUAGUAGUUUUCCCAGAGAGGAAGGGGCGGGACUGGUGGCUGGACUGCGGCUCUGAGUGGUCCCACAAUGGGAAGCAGAAGGCACUUCUUGCCUCCCCACACUCCUCCAGGCCCUGACAAGCCUACUGAAGUUUUGUGAUGCCAGACCCGGGAAGAAGAGCAGUUGAAUAGAACAUAGCAGUCUUUGAAACAAGAAUUGUGCUUUGGAAACCUACCAGUGAUAGAGAGUGCCUUUCAUCUCCCUCCUGAGACCUCUACAAUAACAAAUAAAGAAUAGUUGCUGAAUUGGGUGGAUUUUGUGGUGUUUGCAAGCUGUGUGCUGUCGUUCCUCACAGCUAUCUGUGUAUGCUUUGAGUUGUCUUUUUAUGCGGCCUAUUUUGGGGGCUCUUUUAUUUACAGGAAUUUCUUUCAUCUCUCUCUCUACAUUGUAAACUCCUCCAGGACAGAAAGAAGCCUAUCAAUGACAA